CGAGGCAAGGCAAGGCGAGGCAGGCAGGCAGGCGGGCGAGCGGGCUCCCGGCGGGGCCAGCGCCUCCAUGGGGGGCUCCCGGCGGCGCCCGCCGCCGGCGCCGUGAUCCGUCCGUCCGUGCCGGCCGCCCGCCGCCAUGGAGCCGCAGGAGGGCAAAGUGUCGGUGUGGGUGUGCCAAGAGGAGAAGCUGGUCUCGGGGCUGUCGCGCCGCACCACCUGCUCCGACGUGGUGCGGGCGCUGCUGGCGGACAGCCAGCGCCGCGGGCAGCCCCAGCCCCAGUCGCCGGGCGCGAUGCUGCGGGGCCCGGCGGGCGCCUACUGCGUGGUGGAGAAGUGGCGCGGCGCGGAGCGGCGCCUGCCCGGCCGCACGCGGCUGCUGCGCCUCUGGGCGGCCUGGGGCGCGGAGCGGGACAACGUGCGCUUCGUGCUGGUGCGCAGCGGCGCCUCCCUGCCCGGCGCCGGCCCGCGCAGCGCCGAGGCGCGCGUCGUGCCCAGCAGGGACUGGGACGGGGACAGGGACAGGGACGGGCCCGGGCCCGGCUCGGGCGCCCGGCAGCGGCGGGCGGUGCGCAAAGCCUUCCGCAAGCUGGCUGCCAUCCAGCGGCGCCAGCAGCAGCAGCAGCAGCCGCCGGAGCCGCAGCCGCAGCCGGAGCCGGCGGCCCAGGAGCGCAUGGAGACCCUGGUGCACCUGGUGUUGUCGCAGGACCAGACGCUGCGGCAGCAGGGGCAGCGCCUGCGCGAGCUGGACCGCCACAUCGAGGGCUACGAGGCUCGCACGCACCUGGCCCGCGUGCGGCGCCACGGCGCCAACUACGUGCAGGACACCUACCUGGCCGGGCCCGCCGAGCAGGGGCAGGAGCACGAGCGGGAGGAGGAGGAGGAGCGGGGGCAAGAGGAGGAGGCGGCGGCGCUGGCGCUGGCGGAGCGGGGCGAGGCGCUGCGGCGGCUGCAGGAGCGGCACGAGCGGCUGGAGGCACGGCUGGAGCGCCUGGGCGCCGAGCUGCAGCGGGAGCUCAACGAGCGCUGGAUGCGGCGGCGCCGCCAAGAGCUGGAGGCGGCGGGGUGCAGGCUGCCCGAGCCCGAGCUAUGCACCACGGAGCUGAGCGGCUGCUGGGCUGACGGGGAGGGCGAGGAGGCGGCCUGGGAGCGCGACCGCCUCAAGACGCAGCUCAGCGCCAGCCUCUACAUCGGCCUGCGCCUCGGCACCGACCUGGAGGCGGUGCGGGGCGCGCUGGAGGCAGCGCGGCAGGCCUGCGAAGCCCGGCGGAGGGAGCUGCAGCACCUGCGGGACGCCCUGGCCGCGCUGGACGUGGCCGACGGGCCAGAGGAGCCCCUGCCCUUGCCCGAGCCCAAGCUCUGGGCCCCCAAGGGCUGCGAGGACAAGGACGAGGACUCGGACACUGGGCUCAGCUCCAUGCACAGCCAGGACUCGGACUGCCUGCCCGCCUGCGAGUCCCUCAUAUAGCCCCGUGGCUCCUGCUGCACCCAGGGUCAUCUCUGGGGCCAAGGGAUUGAGGCUGCCCCUGACAUGGGGGUAGAGGCCUCUCAGUGCUUGGAUCUGUCCCAGGGGAUGAGGGGCGAUGAGGCCCCUCAGCACCUGAGUCCCUCUGGGGUGGUGGGGGCUUGAGGCCCCUUAGUGCUUGGAUCCAUCCUUGGGGCAGGGGUUGAGGCCACUCAGCACUGGGGUCCAUCUCUGGGGAUGAGCGGGGGUUGAGGCCUCUCAGCACCGGGGUCCAUCUCAGGGUAUGGGCAGUUGAGGCCCCUCAGUGCCUAGGUCCAUCCCUGAGGUAGGGCUGAGGCCCCUCAGCACCAGGGUCCAUCUCUGGGGACGAGAGGGGUUGAGGCCCCUCAGUGCCUAGAUCCAUCCCUGACCAGGGCGGGGGGAGUGUAAAUCUUUUUACUGAUCUAUUCUUAACUAUUUCCCUCAGAAUAAAAGAUUAUUUUUGAAAGAA